AUGGCUUCAAGGCAAUCAGAAAUGUGUGAAGAAUUUACAGGUCAUCAACAAUCAAAAAAAAAUAAGAAAACUAAAUUUAUAUGGAAAACAUUUUGGUGUAUAAUUUACGGAUGUAUUUUAAGCUUUAUAUUGUAUAAUUUUGUUUACACUCAAUUACCCAAGAAUAUUCCUCACAUUUGGAUUUUAUUUUUGACGGCACUUUCUUGUCUCUGUGCAAUCAUUUUAUGUAGAUCUUCAAUCCAAUUCCGAUGUGUGACAGUACUUGUAUGGCUGGAGAGUUUUGGAAAAGCUGGUCGUAGUGGCAUUAAGGCUCUUGUCAUUAUGUUAAUUCUAAGUGGGCCUAUUGAAAAUACAAUUUCGAAUGUUCGAGAAGUCGUGCGGGUUGUUGAAUGUACAAGCUUCUUGACUUACAAUCUCACGAAAACAAAAGUCGAUCUUGCAUUGAAGCCCUUUACAAACACUUUUUCUCGUAUGGACCGACACUUGAUGGACGUUGAAAGGACCUUUCAUAGGAUAACAACCUUUAUACAUCCGCUUAUUCAAGAAAUUGAACAAAAAAGUCAUGAUUCGAUACCUUCAGAUACUGAAAGUUUCAACGUUAAACCCGCAGACUUCUACGAAUCAAUCUUCAAGAAAAAGCUUAAAAAACGCUGCCAAGCCCAAGUAAUGGAAGGAGUUCACACCUGUGAAAAGGCUUUUGAAAAAGCUUAUAAUAACUGUUUGGAGGAAAUACCAACAGCCAUCAGAUACGCCAUUUGUUGGCCGUUUAACAUUGAUUUGAUAUGUGGGAUUGAAAAUACUUUUAUAAGCUCUUUUGUAAAUACCUGUGAUCCAUCAAAUGUGAUUGAUUCGAGCUUUGGAGUAGAAUACAUGCAAUUGAAAGAAAUGGGAAAACAAUUCAUGACGCAUGCUGCCAAUAUAUCAAUUAAAUACAAAACAAAUGAGAAGCCUCCUAAAGUUGUAAGCUCAAUGAACGAAACAAACAACAAAAUAAAGAAGAAUUUCGAUGAAAAGGCAAAUUCUGUUUAUGAUUUGAUGAAUGAAAUUGAUGAACGUCGACGACGAGCUGGUCGUUCGAAUGUCUUACCGUUAAGAAAAAUUGAUAUUGGAAAAUAUGUUGACCUAUAUUCAAACAAUAGCAGCAACUACAAGAUGUGCAAGGAAUUUGAAGGCUACAUUGGAUUAACAGUGGAAUUUUUUCUCCAACUUAUCAUAACGUCUUUCUUUGUGCUGCUUGAUCAACUGCUUUACAAGGUUCUGCAAAUUAUCGCGCGUCAUUCACGAGUCAAUUAUUUGCAGGAAGGCGUUCAUAAUUUGAACAUUACGAAGGAAGAUUCACUUCAAGUUGAUGGUGCAAAGAGUGAAAGAACGGCUUGA